CGAUCAAAGUCCCCGCAACAGCCACUGAUCAAACUUCUUAUCUGAAGUUCCUCAAGGAGUCAGUAGAGAUAUCAUGUGAAAGAAGACCCUCCUCAUGCCACUGAAAGGCCAAGUAGUUCUAAGGACGCUGUCUAUUUUCUCACUCCCCGCAGUCUCUGCUUAGAGCAGUCUCUCUCUCUCUCUCUCUCUCUCUCUCUCUCUCGCAUCGUAAAAUAACAGGGUUUUUAAGCAACAAUUAUGGAUUUUGUGAUGGGAAAUGGGGUUAAUAGUUUUGAUGGUUCCCAAGUGGGAGAGGAGAAAAGUGUGGAAGUUGGGGUUUCUCAAGAGGGAAUAGCGGAGAGGGUAGUGGUGGGCUCUUCUGAAUUGAAAGAUUUGGAUGAUGAAGAGGUCUUUUGGGAGGCAAUGAACGAACCAAAGAUUUUUCCGGAGCAGCUAGAGGAAUCUGAUUCCAGGUCUUGUGGUUCUGGUGGUGGAAGCGGGCAUGUUGAGUUCAUUGGUGAAACGGGUUUGCAGGUGGUUGAUGAGAAUCCUAAUGCUAGAAGCGAGGCUGAGAGGUUUGAUGAGGCGAGUUGCGUUCCAAGUGUGGAGGCACUGAUGAUUAUUGAAGAUAAGGUGGAUUUGGUUGGUGGGAAGAUUGUUGAUGAGUCUGUGGUUUUUAAGGUAGGGACUGAAAAAGAGGUGGUGACUGACAGAUACAAUGGGUCAAGGGAGGUUUCUGAUAGUGGAGAAAAUGGUGCAGAUGGUUCGUCUGAGGUUGGUUCUGGUGGUGAAGUGGAUAUAAGAUCUGAUCUAGGGAUCGAAAAGUCUGGAAAUAGGGAUUUUAAUACUUUGACUUCAGAACAAAUUUCUGUAGAUGAGAAAUCAGAAAAUGGAGGGGAUAAGGUGGGGGGAUUUUUCAUUAAAUCUUUUCAAGAAACAGAAUUGAGUAGGGAGAUUCUGAAUGAAGAUGGCAAUGGUGUGCAACUGACGGAUGAUAACUUGGGUACUGAAUGUCAGGACAUUGAGAGCAGGGAACUGAAGGAUGCUACUGCUGGCAUUGCUCUAAACCGCGAGGAUGGUUCCAGUGGUAUCAGUUAUUGCGGUGGGAAUGUAAAACAGUGUCAAGCUGGAGUUGACUCUGAGUAUCAUGUGGAAACUUGUGUGCUGAAUGAUGAUUCAGAUGAUCAGCACACGCUAAUGGAGGAAAGUUCAGUGGCGUCUGUGAUUGGAGGCUCACUGUCUGCCGAAAGGUCUAAGACUGAAAGUGCUGGAAAUUUUCUGGGUAAUGAAAAUGAUUUGAGAGCAGAAGAAACUGAGGUUUCUCAACUUAUGCGUGCUGAUGAAGAUGAUCAUGAAGUUUCGAACAACCACGCUGAGGAGACUCCAACGAAGGAAGAUAAUACCAUGCAAGAGGAGCGAAGAGCUCACAGUAAUGGUGACCAGGAGAUACAGCCAGCAUCAGAGCCUACUUCAUCUGAAAAAUCUACAAAUCCUGCUCCUCCUGCACGUCCUGCUGGCCUUGGACGUGCAGCCCCGCUAUUGGAACCUGCAGCCCGGGUUGUUCAGCAGCCUCGUGUGAAUAGUUCCGUAUCUUCUAUGCAAAGCCAACAAGUUGAGGAUUCCACGAAUGGGGAGACUGAGGAGUAUGAUGAGACUCGUGAAAAACUCCAGAUGAUAAGGGUGAAAUUUUUACGGCUUGCUCAUAGGCUUGGACAGACACCCCAUAAUGUUGUUGUGGCGCAGGUUUUGUACAGAUUGGGACUAGCUGAGCAGUUGCGAGGGAGAAAUGGGGGCCGUGUUGGUGCCUUCAGCUUUGACCGUGCUAGUGCAAUGGCAGAGCAGCUUGAGGCAGCAGGUCAGGAACCACUUGACUUCUCAUGUACAAUUAUGGUUCUUGGGAAGACUGGAGUUGGCAAAAGUGCAACCAUCAAUUCAAUAUUUGAUGAAGUUAAGUUCGGCACUGAUGCCUUCUUCCUGGGUACAAAGAAGGUGCAGGAUGUUGUGGGAACAGUGCAAGGGAUAAAGGUACGGAUCAUUGACACCCCAGGGCUGCUCCCUUCCUCGUCAGACCAGACUCAGAAUGAGAAGAUGCUCCGCUCUGUUAAGCAAUUUAUUAAGAAAACUCCUCCUGAUAUAGUACUGUAUCUCGAUCGGUUGGACAUGCAGAGCAGGGAUUUUAGCGAUAUGCCACUCUUGCACACCAUCACUGAAAUAUUUGGACCAUCAAUAUGGUUCAAUGCAAUUGUGGUUUUGACUCAUGCAGCGUCUGCUCCACCCGAUGGCCCAAAUGGUACUGCUUCUAGUUAUGACAUGUUCGUGACACAACGUUCUCAUGUUGUCCAGCAAGCCAUUCGUCAGGCAGCAGGAGAUAUGCGGCUUAUGAAUCCUGUUUCUUUAGUGGAGAACCAUUCUGCAUGCAGAACAAAUCGGGCUGGGCAGAGAGUGCUGCCAAAUGGUCAGGUUUGGAAACCUCAUUUAUUGCUCCUCUCUUUUGCAUCAAAGAUUCUGGCAGAAGCAAACACACUUUUGAAGUUGCAAGAUAGUCCCACUGGAAAGCCUUUUCCAAAUCGAACAAGAGCACCUCCUUUACCUUUCCUUCUCUCAUCCCUUCUUCAAUCAAGGCCACAGUUGAAGCUACCUGAGGAGCAGUUUGGUGAUGGGGAUGAUUUUGAUGAUGAUCUGGAUGAGUCUUCAGAUUCUGAUGAAGAAUCAGAAUUUGAUGAGUUGCCACCAUUUAAACGCCUUACUAAAGCCCAAGAGGCAAGGCUGUCUAAAUCUCAGAAGAAGGAAUAUUUUGAUGAGUUGGAGUAUAGGGAAAAGCUUUUUAUGAAGAAACAGUUGAAGGAAGAGAAAAAGAGACGGAAAAUGAUGAAGAAGAUGGCUUCUUCAACAAAGGGUCUGCCAAGUGAUUUGAGUAAGGAUGAAGAAGAAAGUGGUGGUGCAGCAGCUGUGCCAAUUCCCUUGCCAGAUUAUGCGUUACCUUCUUCGUUUGAUUCUGAUAAUCCUACUCAUCGGUAUCGCCAUCUCGAUUCAUCCCACCAAUGGCUUGUAAGGCCUGUUCUAGACACCCAUGGUUGGGAUCAUGAUGUUGGUUAUGAAGGCAUAAAUGUAGAAAGAUUGUUUGUGGUUAAAGACAAAAUACCCUUAUCUUUUUCUGGUCAGGUUACAAAGGAUAAGAAGGAGGCUAAUGUCCAACUGGAAGCAGCCAGUUCAAUAAAGCAUGGGGAAGGGAAAGCAACUUCGUUAGGUUUUGAUAUGCAAACUGUUGGAAAGGAUUUAGCUUAUACUCUACGCAGCGAGACAAGGUUUUGUAAUUUUAGGAAGAACAAGGCAACUGCUGGCCUCUCGGUUACUCUAUUGGGUGAUGCCUUGUCGGCUGGAUGGAAAGUUGAAGACAAAUUGAUUGCUAAUAAACAAUUCCAGUUGGUCAUGACUGGCGGAGCAAUGACAGCUCGUGGUGAUGUUGCGUAUGGUGGUAGUUUGGAGGCUCAGUUGAGAGAUAAGGAUUAUCCACUUGGUCGUUCUCUAUCAACUCUUGGGCUUUCCGUCAUGGAUUGGCAUGGUGAUCUUGCUAUCGGUUGUAAUUUACAGUCCCAGAUCCCCAUAGGCAGAUCUUCAAACUUGAUUGCUCGUGUCAAUCUGAAUAACAGGGGGGCAGGACAAGCCAGCAUUCGCUUAAAUAGUUCGGAACAGAUUCAACUAGCUUUGGUCGGCCUCAUUCCUCUUCUCAGAAAGCUUCAUGGUCACCUUCAACAAUUGUCUAGUCAAUGAUGAAAUUAGGUUAUACUGCAGCAGCUUCAUCGUUGUAGGAGAUAACUCUUAGAUGGCCAUCUGUUAAUGGUCCUCAUCUGAAGUGAGUGAUACUUAGCUGCUUAUUUUAUCUUUUUCUAAACCCAAAAAAAUGCUUCCCCUGAUUAUAGUAAUUUUAGUUUCUCUGUUAGAUAUCUGCA